AUGGAACCGCUACACAGCGGCUUCACGCUCGUCGUCGGUGCUGAGCUGUACGAUGGUUGUCGUCUUCUGCAAGGCUUCGUCCGGCAGCUAUGUUCUGAUGGUCAUCGAAGAGUCCUGCUGUUUACUGAACACAGUGACCAUGGCACAGCGUUUCUUUGCGAUAGCUUGCCAGACCUCGUCGCUCAAGUAGCUAGAAUGGACGAUGUCGCGGAACAAAUCUUCAAUCGAAAUGGCAUGUUCUCAAGCAUGUCCUCAUUUUUGGAAUUUAUCCAUUCAACGUUAAAGCCAGAACCGGAGCUGUCGCGAGACUGUGCUGUUGUAAUCGUGUUCGACUCGAUUGCCCCUCUUGUCGUGUUGUUUGGCAUUUCCAAAACGCUGCAGAUCAUCAGGCAGCUGACGUCAGACAGCAACGCGGCAGUGUUGGCUUUCGUCGCGUCAGAGCUGCUCGAAGAUCAGCAGCUCGCCCAAUUAACUUUCUCUGCGUCGUUGACCUAUCGAUUGCAUGUAGACUCUAUGGCAGGUGUUUUCUACGCCGAGAAGUGCCGAAAGUUGGCGAAUAAAGUUAAAAAGGAACUUAUCAACUUUCACAUCGAAGAAGACGGCUCUUGCAAAAUCGUUAAGCGGCAAGCGAAGCCAACUUUGGCGCAAAGUAAGGUUUCUCCUUCCAUGCCUUCUGGACCUUUUUCAUUGCCCGUCACCUUUAACCUUUCGGUUAGAGAUGAAGAACUGGCAGUUAAACAAUCACUGCAGCUGCCUUACAUACAGGCGCAGAAAGGCGAUCGAGAUGGCUCUGGUAACGUUUAUUAUGAACCUGAUAAAGGCGAUGAUAUCGACGAGGAAGAUCCUGAUAAUGACCUUGAAUUUUAA